AUUGUGGAGGACCUUCGGCAGCAGGAGCGAGAGGUGUCGGCGGCGCUGCGGCGUGCGGGGCGUGGCAGCGAGCUAGUGGGGCAGGCCCGCUGGUGGGCUGAGCCGCAGGCGCAUGGGCAGCAGGCCGCCGCAGAGGCGGCUGCGGAGAAGCGGCAGGCGGCGGCCGCGGCGGCGGCGGCCACUCGAGAGGUCGAUGCCGCGGCGCACGCCACCGCGGUGCAGGCAGCAAGCCGCGCCGAGACGGCGGCGGCGGCCGAGGGCGGCGGCGGCGGCGCAGGCCGGCAUGCAGGAAGUGAAGCGCAACAGCAGCAGCAGCAGCAGCAGCAGCCAGGCGUCCCGCCCCCCUCCACCUCCACCUCCCCAGCCGACAGCUCCUGGCAGUGGCAGGCAGUGGGGCGGUGGGCGGAGCGGGUCAGCGGCGAGCUGCGUGCGGCCAUAGGCCAGGUGGAAAGGCUUGAGAAGGACCGGCACCACGAGGCGGCGGUGGCGGCGCUGCACGAGGUGCUGGAGACCUACACAGACGUCACGCGCUUCCCCAGGCCGCAGCGCCCCGAUGCCGUGGUGAUUGUGGGGGCCCAGCACGACGCCUACGUCUCCCCGCAGAGCGUGCUGGAGCUGCAGCAGCACCUGACCGGCAGCGAAGUCAGGUGGGUGCCCGGCGGCCAUGUGACCAGCUUCCUGCUCCACCACGGCUCCUUCCGCCGCGCCAUCGCCGACUCGCUUGCCAAGCUGGCGCAGCCGCCGCCGCUGGUGGUGCCCCAAGCCGGCCAUUUGAUGAGCAGCAGCAGCUGA